AUGGCGACAAGCAGUGACAAGGAUGACGUCCGGGACUUCGUGAUCGGCCUGGUUCUUGCCCUCAGCUCCUCUGUGUUCAUCGGCUCCAGCUUCAUCUGCAAGAAGCUCGGCUUGUUGAGAUAUGCCAAGAAGGUGUCUGUACGAGCAGGAGAUGGUGGGUAUGGCUACCUCAAGGAGUGGAUGUGGUGGACAGGGAUGAGCUUGAUGACUAUCGGGGAGUUUGCUAACUUUGCAGCCUACGCUUUUGCUCCAGCCACCCUAGUGACACCUCUGGGCGCUCUCAGUGUGAUUGUCAGUGCUGUCCUGUCAUCACAUGUGCUGAAGGAGAGACUGAACAUCCUCGGAAAGGUAGGAUGUUUUCUAUGUAUCCUGGGAUCUACUGUGAUGGUGAUACAUUCCCCCAAGGAGCAGGAGGUGCAUGACCUUAAUGAGAUGAUGAACAAGAUGAAGGAGCCAGCAUUCAUUGUGUACGCCAUCAUCAUCGUCAUCAUCGCAGUUUCUAUGAUGGCGUACUUUGUCCCCCGUUUCGGCAACAGGACCGUACUGGUCUACAUCACAGUAUGUUCCACUCUCGGCUCCUUCACCGUCAUGGCCUGCAAGGGUGUCGGCACCGCAAUCAAGGCAACUGCUCGAGGGCACAACGAAUUUACAAACUGGCUCACAUAUCUCCUGCUGGCCGUUGUGGUCAUCUGCAUUCUCCUGCAGUUAAACUACUUAAACAAGGCUUUGGACAUGUACAACACAGCAGUGGUCACACCAAUUUACUACGUCUUCUUUACCUCCUGUGUGAUUUUGGGCUCUGGGAUUUUAUUUCAGGAAUUUUCCAGGAUGAAUCCAUUCGACAUUGUGGGGGAUCUUUGUGGGUUUCUCACCAUUAUUGUGGGUAUAUUCCUGCUCAAUGCUUUCAAGGAUAUGAAAAUCUCUUGGAGGAAUCUUCCUUUGGCAACAAAGACUGCUGCAGAACCUGCAGAAGAAACAGAUAUUUCUGUGACUAAUGGAGCAGCAAGCACAAAUUACAUUGUGGAUUGUCGGGAGAUUGAAGCUCAUAUACAGAGGAACAUGUCCACGGAAUGUGUCACCAGGACAUUGCCCAGUGAAUCUGAGAAUGUGAAGGUUCAUGUUAGUGAUCGCUUUCAUGGCAGUAGUCCGGUGCAUGGGAUGGCAUGA